AUUUUAAAAAAUUUGUUUAGUUGCUGGAAUAAGAUUUACAGACAACAAUAAUGCAGAAAAAUGUAAAACACCUGACCAAAAGGAUGGAAGCUGCGUUUCACUGCUGGAAUGCAAAGAAGUGAUGGACAAUUGGCGACGUCAAACGCCUACAAUCUGUCAGUGGAAUAAUGAUAUGCCGAUAGUCUGCUGCCCCGAUCCCACACUCUCAAGAAAAUUCGAAAUGCCAAAUUGUGGGACGAGAGUAAUUAAAGGAUUAAACUUGAACAGAGUUAAGAGACAAAUGCCGAGGAUGAUACCUGAAAUGGCACUUCACAUUAACAAGACAAAACUUCCUAUAAUCGCUGGAGGCAAAGAAUCAAGUAUAGGAGCUUGGCCUUGGAUGGCUGGUGUUUACACAAGAAAUUUUGGAGUUGAGAAUUUUCUUUGCGGAGCAGCCAUUAUCAAUGACAGACAUUUAGUGACAGCAGCCCAUUGUUUCAAAUUAAGUGGUGGCAGAAAUGUUCAACCAACCCGUUAUUCAGUUCGCGUUGGAAGUUCAAACGUCAGAGAAGGGACGUUGUACCUCAUCGAUUCCAUUACCAUACAUCCCGAUUACAGACCAAGAGAACAUUACAACGACAUUGCUGUGAUACGCCUGAAAGAUCGAAUCAAUUUUGAACCAAAUGUCAGACCCAUUUGUCUACCGUCGCAGCCAGACAUUAGGAGGAAAAAACUGCAAGGCAGAGAUGUAACUGUAACAGGAUGGGGCGAUCAAGAAUUUGGAGGUAAAAGUGCCACAGUAUUAAGAGAAGUAACUGUGCAAGUAGUUGAUGUACCAGCCUGUGAUGAAUCUUACAGAGACAACCGAGGUAGGUCAUUACCACAAGGUAUUACCCGUCAAUUCAUUUGUGCUGGGACACUUGAAGGAGGAAAGGAUGCUUGCUCAAGAGAUUCUGGUGGCCCAUUAAUGCUUCUGGAGAAAGGAGUUUAUUAUUUAGUUGGAAUAGUCUCUUUUGGAUUUCAAUGUGCAAGAGCUGGCUAUCCAGGAGUCUACACGAGAGUAACAAGCUAUUUGGAUUGGUUGGAUGAAGUGGCACCUAGCUCAUAGAUGGAAAUUUUAAAGGCUGCAAAAGGCUAACAAAACUUCCUCAGACAAAAGGGAAUCUCAACAUUUUGUAUAUAGUGAAAACCUACUUUCAAGUUUUUUAUCAUUGUAAAUAAACAUUUUAACAAGAUGAUGUUUUAAUUAUCAAAAAUUAUGUAAACUAAUAUUAAUUCUAGACAUAAAUUCUGUAUCAUGAUGCAAAAAUUAAAAAAAAAACAUAGUGGC